AUGAGAGGUGAAACGGUGGAGGAUGAAUACGACGAAGUCUCUCCGAUAGAAGAAGUCCGUCUAACGGUGUCAACAAAGGACGACCCAUAUCUGCCCGCAUGGACUUUUCGCGUGUGGUCCUUAGGCCUUCCAUUUUGCCUUCUUCUUUCUUUCUUAAACACUUUCUUCGCAUUUCGUACGCAGCCUCUAGUCAUUUCCAUGAUUCCCGUCCAGGUGGUAACUCUCCCAUUGGGACGCUUCAUGGAAAAAGUUCUUCCCAAAAAGACGUUCAGGAUUCCGGGAUUCGGUAACGAGGAGUUUACGUUGAACCCGGGGCCGUUCAACAUGAAGGAGCACGUCUUGAUUUCUGUUUUUGCCAAUGCCGGGGCAGGGUUCGGUGCCGGGGCAGCUUAUGCUGUUAGUAUUGUCACUAUUAUAAAGGCCUUAUAUCGUCGCCAUAUCUGUUUCUUGGCGAGUUGGAUUCUUGUUAUUACUACUCAGAUUUUGGGGUAUGGUUGGGCCGGAGCAUUGAGGAAGUACGUAGUGGACCCGGGGGAGAUGUGGUGGCCCAGUAGUCUAGUUCAGGUUUCUCUCUUCAGGGCUCUUCAUGAGAUCGAUGACAAUCGUAUGUCACGAGGCAAAUUUUUCUUGAUUGCACUUACAUGCAGCUUCUGCUGGUAUGCAAUCCCGGGCUACAUAUUCCCCACUUUGUCAACCAUUUCUUGGGUGUGCUGGGUUUUCCCAAAUUCAACAUUGGCCCAACAAUUGGGCUCAGGCAUGCAUGGACUUGGUCUUGGGGCUUUUUCCCUCGACUGGUCAGUCAUGGACUCAUACCUUGGCAGCCCACUAAUCACCCCCUUCUUCGCCAUUGUCAAUGUCUUUGUGGGCUUUUUCCUGGUGAUGUAUGUUGUGACGCCCAUUGCCUACUGGGGAUUCAAUCUAUUUGAUGCCAAGACGUUUCCGUUCUUUUCCUCGCACAUGUUCAAUGAAGUAGGCCAAAUAUAUAACGUCUCAGCCAUUGUUAACAGCGAUUUUGAAUUAGAUAUCCCUGCAUAUGAGCGUCAGGGACGCAUAUACAUUAGCAUGUUAUUUGCUCUUUCGUAUGGAAUUGGUUUCGCGGCUAUUAUAUCUACACUCACCCAUGUGGCAUUCUUCAAUGGAAGGGAUAUAUAUGAACGAUUCCAAGAUUCUACACAACGAAAGGAAGAUAUUCAUACCAAGUUAAUGAUGAAGUACGAGCCCAUACCAAACUGGUGGUUUCAUUCGUUGCUUGUAGUAUCACUGAUACUCUCUCUCCUGCUAUGCACUCUCAUGGAAGGUGAUAUUCAAUUGCCAUGGUGGGGAUUCGUCUUUGCAACAGGCCUUGCUUUAAUUUUCACCCUUCCAAUCAGCAUCAUAACUGCCACAACCAAUGUGUCACCAGGGUUAAACAUUCUUACAGAGUACCUCAUGGGUAUUAUCUAUCCAGGUCGACCAAUAGCCAAUGUCUGCUUCAAGACUUAUGCAUAUAUAAGCAUGGGUCAGGCAAUUUCCUUUCUUAGUGAUUUGAAGCUAGGCCAUUACAUGAAGAUUCCCAAAAAAGCAAUGUUUGUCGUUCAGCUUUUAGGAACUAUAAUUGCGGGAUCCGUCAACAUUAUAGUGGCAUGGUAUCUGCUGACAACCGUGGAGAACAUAUGUCAGGAUCAACUACUUCCUCCGAAUAGUCCUUGGACAUGUCCUGGAGAAAGAAUAUUUUUUGAUGCAUCUGUUAUCUGGGGUUUGGUUGGACCAAAUCGUAUCUUUGGCAGCGAUGGAAACUACCCAGCUCUCAACUGGUUCUUCCUUGGAGGUGCUUUAGCUCCUGUCAUUGUUUGGCUGCUGCACAAAGCAUUCCCUCAGCACCGAUGGAUUGCAUUUAUUCACAUUCCAGUUCUUUUGGGUGCAACACAUGCACUCCCUCCUGCUACAACUCUCAACUUCAACACCUGGAUAACGGUUGGAACCAUAUUCAAUUACUUCAUUUUUAGGUAUCAAAAGGUUAUGUGGCAGAGAUACAAUUAUGUUCUUUCAGCGGCCUUAGAUGCUGGGUUGGCUUUCAUGGGGGUUCUUUUGUACUUCACAGUAGCCACAGAAAACAGAAGCAUAAACUGGUGGGGAUCACAAGGUGAGCACUGUGACUUGGCUACAUGCCCAACUACAGAAGGCGUGGCUGUUGAUGGCUGUCCAGUGUUGUACUAAAUAUCACUUUCUAUAUCUUGAUUAACAUACUUUAGCUGGAAAACAUCAUAUAAGUUGUGGAGACAAAAGAAAGGCAAGAUUUUGUCAUUGGUAUAUCU